CCCCACCAUCUUCCUCCUCACUCCGGGUUUCUGCCGACCCGAUCGAUCAAUCCCAUCUAUCAUCUUUGUUAUCACUCUAACAUCUACUCCCCACACCUUAUUAUACUCUCCCAAAACCCUAUAAAUCUAACCUAUACCCCAAAAUUCUCUCUCUCUCUCUCUCUCUCUACUGCAGAAAAGCUUGUGUCUAUUCCCGUCUUCUGUCUUUCUUGUCACUCUUUUUUUCUUCUUUCUCCUCACUUCAGCUUUUGGAUCUUUAUAAUUUUCUUUCUUUAUUUUUAUUUAUUUUUUCUGGACAAUCCAUCCACAAGGCUCUGGCGAUCUGCUGUUCUCCAAAACAAAAAAUGUCACUCGACGUCUCAUCUGAAAACGUUUGUUACGUCCACUGCAACUACUGCAACACCAUUUUAGCGGUUAGUGUUCCAACCAGCAGUUUAUAUAAUCUGGUGACGGUGAGAUGUGGGCAUUGCGCUAAUUUGUUGUCUGUGAACAUGGGAGCUUUGCUGCAGACAGUCCCUCCUCAAGAUCUUCAGAAUCACAGUGUGAAUUCUGAAGAUUCUAGUAAGGACGGUGGAUCUUCUUCCAAAGGCAUGGUUUCUACACCGGACUCUGCAGAGAGUGUACAAUCUGAACAAUCUCAACUUCUCCCUAUUCGCCCUCCAGAGAAAAGGCAACGAGUUCCAUCUGCAUACAACAGAUUUAUUAAGGAAGAGAUCCAAAGGAUUAAGGCUAGUAAUCCUGACAUUAGCCACAGAGAAGCUUUUAGCACUGCAGCAAAAAAUUGGGCUCAUUUCCCUCAUAUUCACUUUGGGCUAACCCUUGAUGGAAGCAAGCAAAUAAAAAUUGAUGAAGCAUUUGGAGGCAGCGAGUUAAGGAACUAAAGAGGCUAAAUUUUUCUGUUAAGAAAAAUUAUCUUGUAAGUGUGCUAGUGUUUUAGUAUAUCCCUACUAAACUUGGACGGCGAAAAUGAGGAUUAUCAAGCAUCCUAAUCCCCAUGGGUGGGAAAUGCUGAACCUCCUAAGAUUUUUAUUGCUUGCAUCAUAAUAAUUCUUGUCUAAUACCAUUAAGGGAUUGCGUUCA